AUGUUUAAUGUAGAUUUCUAAUUAAGUAAAAUAUAUUUCGAAAUUCAAUUUUACAUAGUCAAUUUUAUCUAACAUACAUAAUUUAAAUUAAGAUCAAUAUUAAAUAACUAUACAUCCAUGAAUGUAAAUGACACUUAGUUUACAAUUGCCUUAUUUGAAUUUGAUGUCUUAUUUUUAGAUACUGCUUAAAUUCUACUAAAUUUAUCUAUUUCAAUUAACUAAGGUUUAAUCGAUAACAAUAAUAUGCCAGUUGAUCUCCCAACAUAAACAAUAUUACUCUAAAAACCUAAAGUUUUAACUUAGGAGUAAAUUAAUGUUGCAAAAAAAUUUAAAAAUUUUGGGAAUGCUUUAAUGAUAGGGUUAGGAGCUGUUAGUGUACUAAUGCUAUUUGUUGGAGAUUCAUAAUCAAGUGUAGAAAUUUUCGACACUCUACAAUAGUAAAUAUUUAGAGUUAGAUAUCCAAACUUAGCUUGA